AUGUCGUCCUGGCUACAGAAGCAGCGCAAGGCCGAGCUUGUCGCCCUGGCCGAUGAGGCCGGCUUUACUGGAUACGAGAACAUGCUCAAAGAUGACCUCGUCGCCGGCCUCGAUGAGCACUUGAAGAAUAAUUCAACGCGCCUCGUCGGCAAGAGCUCCUUCGCCGAGUACUACGAGCGCAGCUCGUCGCCCGUGAAGAAGACACGCGCAAAUCUGGAAUCAGACAGCGAGCCUCGUGAGCCCCGCUCAACGCGCCCGCGUAGGCGCGUCACCAAGAUCAAGCAGGAGCAGAUCGAGUCGCAAGAUGAGGCAGAGGCUCAGGCCACUCCCGUGCAGACCAAGGCUCUCGCCACGCGUACUCCUCGAGCCGUUCAGCGCGUUGCUGCUCAGGUUCCGCUCCCGCCCUCUCCUGCUGUCGUCACCGACGCCAUUGAGCGUCAGACUGCCAUUGUCAAGACCAAGGUUGGAAAUGCCUGGACAAACUCGGGGGUCACCGACUGGGCCGAGUACAUUCGUGAGGUGCUGAGCUCGGUCGUCGGCGUCGAGGCUGCCGUCAUCCUGGUUGAGGCGUUUUACCUCCAGAAGAAAGUCAUGCCAUGGCUGUACUUCUUCGACAUUCCCGCUAUCAGCGCGCUGGGCACCAAUUCGUAUUCCGUGCAAAUCCCCGAGUUUUUCGCCCUCUUGACCAGCGCUUUCUGGAGCCCGUCUCUGCUUUGGGCCAACACCAGCUUGUUCAUUCCGCUUUUCUUCGCCUACUUCUUCAACAUUACCGUCAAGGCCAAGGCCAAUGGCAAUGGCCGCCCCGCAUCGAAGCCCGAGUACCAGGUCGAUCCCCUGACCUUUAACCUUGCCAAGGCUUUGGUGUCGUACAUGGUUUAUGCCCAAGGCGUUCGUUUCAGUGGUUUGGUUGCCGACGAGACGGUCUUCACCGUUUCGGAGGCUUUGCCUGGCGGCCAUAAUGGUGUCUUCAUCGGUGCAGGUAUUGGCGCUAUUGUCAGCAUCUACGAGGCUGUGCUCAAGAGAUAA